GAAAAGAUGAAGCUCGAGUGGAAGAGACUCGGCUCGGGAGGAUCGCCUGACGCCAGGUGGGGACAUACAUGUGUCGCCUUGCCAUUGGGCCAGUUCUUGGUGUUUGGCGGCAACGGCAAUAAGACAUUCAAUGAUCUUACGCUGUAUAAUAGUAAUAAUAACAGUUGGAAUAAGGUCGAGCCGCAGGGCACGCCGCCCACCGCACGUUAUGGCCACAGCGCCACACUGCUCGGACAGCAACAGAUCAUUAUAUUUGGUGGACGUGCCAAUAGUAAACCAUUCUCGGACGUUACGGUGCUGCAGCACAGUGGAGCCGAUCGCUUCAAGUGGAUCAAGAUGCAGCAUCAGCACAAGUCGCCAGAGGGUCGCGCCGGUCACACCGCCGUCGCGCACGGCAACCAGCUCGUCGUCUUUGGUGGACACAACAGCUCACGUAGUAAAUACUACAACACGGUGUUGACGUUCAAUAUCGACACGCUGACAUGGGAUCAACCUACAUGUGAUGGUAUCGUACCACCCGCUCGUGGAUCACACUCAUCCUUUGUCGUUGGCAAUCAAAUGUAUAUCUUUGGAGGAUUCGAUGGCAAGAAGUAUUAUAAUGAUCUAUAUUCCUUGGAUCUAGACAAGUUAGUUUGGAGAAAGUUGGAAUGCAAGGGCAAUACACCAAAGCCUCGAUCAGGACAUUCGUCUACAUUGAUGGGCGAUAAGUUGGUGAUAUUUGGAGGAUGUGGAUCUGAUUCUAACUUCUUGAACGAUGUUCAUGCGCUGUCGUUGGACGACUUGCGUUGGGAGCAGCCAGUGAUAACUGGCAUGGAGAAUCCUCAUCCGCGCUUCAGACACACGGCAAACUCGAUGGGUCAGAACAAGGUGUUCAUCUAUGGUGGCACGGGCUCAGGCAUCCUGCUCAGCGAUGCGCUGAUACUUGAGGCGUCCGACGACGCCCCCCUCAUGGCCAUCCCGCCCGUUCAGGCUGCCACUGCUGCGCCGAGCACCAGUAGCGCGGCUACAACUGUUGUUGCUGCUGCCGCCGUUCCAAACAAUGGAGCGACAAUGUCCUCGACAACAACACAGACCAUUGCUACACCAAUCACAACAACAAUGGUUCCAACCUCGACGACCACGACUACCACAAACAACAAUGGUGGUGCCGUGGCGCCAGUGUCGUCCUCCACCGCUCAACAACCAUCACCUCAGAUUGUCGCGGUCAACACCACAACAACCACAACUACGACGGCAGCAACAUCAACAAUAAUCACAACAACCUCAUCAUCCUCGUCGCCAUCUCCAUCGCCACUCUCCUCCUCACCCAUCAACAACACCAUUCAGAUCACCAGUGACAGCUUCCAAUCGCCCACCCCAUCACCAGAGCGUCUACAGCAGUCUCAGCCACAGGCUCAGUCACAGAUGCAGACUACACCGCCCACAACAUCAAUGGUGAUUGAUAUGAGCAAGCUAGAGAAGGAGAAGAAGUCAAAGAAGACAUCGACGGGCAGCGCAGCGUUCAACACGCUCAAGAUGGGCAGCGAGAAGAUCCUCGGCCUGUUUGAGAAGGACAAUGAGAUCAAGGUACUGCGCGACAGUCUGGCCGUGGAGACAUCGAACAAGUUGCUGGCGGACCUGCGCAUAGAGAAGGAGCUGGGCGCCAAGAAGAAGAUGGAGGACCAGCUGAGCAGUGAGAAGAUCAAGUUUGAGAACAAGCGUCUGCAUCUCGAGAGUUUGGUCAAGGCGGAGCAGAAGCAGAAGCAGCAGCUCGAAGAGCGCGUGGCCAAGCUGAACCUCAGCAACGCCCAGCUACAGGAUCAAGUCGGCAAGCUGACGGCCCAGUUCAAGGAGAUGGAGAGCACACUACUCAAGCGUGAGAAGGAGGUGAGCAAGCAGCACGACCUAAACACUCUGAGGAAGCAGUAUCACCAGUUGGUUGGCGACAGUGAAGUCGACGACCUGGAGCUUGAGGAUUCGUACGUCCCGCCCGACCAACAUCGCGCCAAGUGCGAAGAGUACGAACAAAAGGUGGAGCAGAGCACCAAGAAGCUCGAGUCGGUCGAGCUGCGGUACCAACAGCUCUCUGGCAACAGGUUGGAAGGUCUGGACAUUGAGGCACUGAGUAAUCUCGAGGAGGUCCACCAGCGGGGCAUUCAGAAGCUCAGUGCGAUCAAACAGGAGGAGUGGAAGAAGCAGCUAAACAUUCUCAAGAAGGAGAAGGAGCUGCUACAGGACCAGAACAACUGUAUAAUAUGCACGGAGCGACCGCCAAACACGGUGCUCAUGCCCUGUCGCCACAGCAGUCUCUGUUCCAAAUGCUCCAACGUGUUGACACGAUGUCCAGUCUGCCGUACCAACAUCGAAGAGCGUAUUGAGACAUUCAACUGA